UCUCUCUCUCUCUCUCUCUCUCUCUCUCUCUCUCUCUCUCUCUCUCUCUCUCGUCUUCAACCCUGCAUUUUUCGAAGCUCGACACCACCACCAAUGGCUUCUACCUCCGCUGUCUCGAUGGCCACGCCGCUGGUUCACAGCAACCGCCGGAAGCUGCCAAGCUCCGACGCUUUUGUCAAGCCAUUGCCUGUGGUGGUCAGGCCGUCGCGAGCGGUCCGGGCAUCCACCAAGUUCCAGGUGAGCGCGUCCCUGAAGGAGAAGGCGAUCGCCGCCGCCACCGUGGCUGCCCUGGCGGCUUCGAUGGUGGUGCCAGAGGUGGCAGAGGCCGCGGUCUCGCCGUCGCUCAAGAACUUCCUGCUCAGCAUCGGUGCCGGGGGAGUCGUGCUCGGGGCACUCAUCGGUGCAGUGGUCGGUGUCGCCAAUUUCGAUCCCGUCAAGAGGACCUGAUCGAAAGUUGCUGGGAGACUUUCGAGUAUGCAGUCCCUCUUUUCAUAAGUAUAUAUGCCAGUGUCAUGUCUGCAACAAAAUUUACUAUCUUUGUAUAAUCUGCGUUCGUUAUGACUUAUGAGAUGUGCUUUGAUUGAGGCCCGGUGGAAAUAGUUCGUCCAUGCAUUAAAUGAACUAUCAAAUUUUAGGCAAAUAAAAAUCCUGAAUUCACACA